UUAUUUAGCAAAGUAACAUGUCUAUCGUCACAUACACUUGUCUGAUCAAAGAACAUAAAACGUAAAAUUAUAUAUCAUUCUUUCGAUCACCUGACAUAAUUAUGCCAUCAUUUGUAUAAUUCGAUAGUAAAAAUUAUACUGUACUUAUCCUAACAUUGUAGUAUAAUUGAUCAUAAAAUAUUUAAGAUAGUGCUAUAAUGUUUUGACCAAUCACAUAACAGACGUAAUAUAAAUAAGACUGCUUGCAAUCUAAAAACCGGUGUUAACAUCCUAAAGCAGAUUUUUAAAGACUCGCAAUGGAGCAAUCGGUGUUUGGUGUGUGGGACUACAUAAUAAUGGGAGCUACCAUGGUAGCUUCUAUAAUAAUUGGACUCUACUUCCGCUUUAGUGGAGGCAAACAGAAAACAAAUGAGGAAUAUUUGCUUGCUGAUCGAAAUUUAUCAAUAUUCCCUGUGGCCGUAUCUCUGAUGGCUUCUUUCAUGUCUGCUAUUACUCUGCUUGGAGUAUCAGCAGAAAAUUAUUACUAUGGUUUAAUAUUUUUUGUCGUCAACAUAUCGCAUGGUUUGGCCACUCCUAUCGCCGGCAAACUAUACUUACCAGUAUUCUUCGGGCUUCAAAAGACAAGUACCUAUGAGUAUUUAGAACUUCGAUUUGGGCCGCAUAUUCGAAUGUUGGCAUCAUUAACGUAUACCUUACAGAUGUUAUUAUACAAUGGGAUAGUGUUGUACGCACCAGCAAUUGUCCUAGAAUCAGUGACUGGACUGGACCGACUCAUUUCUAUUCUAGUCGUUGGAUUAGUUUGUACAUUCUAUUCCACUCUGGGUGGAAUGAAAGCGGUUGUGUUCACGGACCUCUUGCAAUCUUUCCUGAUGUUUAUUGCUGUGCUGUGCGUUGUUAUAUUUACUUCAAUUCAAGUAGGAGGUUUUGAUCAAAUAUUUGUCAUAGCAAACGAAAGAGGCAGGAUUAAUUUAUUAAAUUUCAGUGUAGACCCGACAGAACGUCACACGUGGUGGUCACUAGUAAUAGGAGGAAUGGUUACUUAUUUAUCGCUGUAUGCUGUAAACCAAACACAGGUGCAACGUCUUCUGACAGUCAGUAGUUUAGAUCGCUCACAAAAAUGCCUCUGGUGGAGUUGGCCUGUAUUGCUGUCUUUAAGUUUGCUUACGUGCAUCAGUGGCCUUGGUAUUUACGCCGUAUACAAAGAUUGUGAUCCAUUAAGUUACAACGGAAUUAGUGCGAUAGAUCAACUAAUGCCUUACUACGUAGUGAACGCGAUGACUUCUGCCCCUGGUUUGCCAGGACUGUUUGUGGCGGGGAUCUUUAGUGCUUCAUUGUCUACUAUAUCGGCAUCUUGUAAUGCGCUUGCCGCUGUCACCCUCAGUGACUACGUCGGAAAGUGUUGCGUAAUUCCCCAAUCGUAUGUACCAUGGUUGACGAAGUUAACAGCCUGUGCUUAUGGAUUUGUGUUCUUGGCCAUCUCUUUCUUAGCCGAAUACCUUGGAGGAGUUUUGCAAGCUGCUUUAACAAUAUUUGGUGCCGUUGGUGGCCCACUGUUGGGCGUGUUUACACUUGGAAUGUUUACCACAUUUGCUAAUGAAAGGGGUGCAUCUAUGGGGCUAGUCAGUGGACUGGCUUUGACUCUAUGGAUAAGUUUUGGUGGACCUCGUCCGGCUCUCGUAAAGCUACCUCUGAGUGUAGAGGGAUGUAAUUUUAACGUCACGGCGCCUACUCUUCCAGCGCCAGUAGACCCUUCUAAUUACUUCUAUCUAUAUAGAAUAUCAUACAUGUGGACUAGCCCGAUUGGCUUCGUCUGGGUUCUUAUUGUAGGAUCUAUAAUAUCAUUGCUCUGGAGCCAGCAACAACCUUGGGAGCGAGCCCAAAAAUCGCACCCCGAUCCUGCACUCUUCACUCCGCCUUUAGCCAACCGACUCAGAGCUAAAUAUCGCGUCAAAACAGAUACGCAGGUAAACACGACUAAGUUUUGAAGACAUUUGUUCUGCCCUGUGAGGUUGAAUGCUAAACUUGGAUAUAAUUAAUACGAAACGUACAAAACGUACGAGUAUAACUCAGGACUA